AUUAUUAUUAUUAUUAUUAUUAUUAUUAUUAUUUUUAACAGCUAACACAUCCUCCUGGCUUUCUUAACACUGAAAUUUAACUGCCAAACUGUCAUCUCCUUUACUCUACUGUGUCCUCCUUUACUCUACUGUGUCUAUAUGUAUAUGUAUAUGUAUUCCCACCGACCACUCCCUCACUCUUUGCUCUCUCUCUCUCUCUCUCUCUCUGUGUGUCUCCAUGGGUAGGCUCAAGAACCUCCCAAAGGGCACCUCCCCAAAGUACACUACCCCAUUCCACUACUACCUCUUCUCCAUCAGCAAACCUUCUUCUCCACCCAACUCCUCCUCCUUCAAACCUUCAAGAAAUAAACCAGUGAUCAACACCAUCACCACCACCAACCUGAUCACUCUCCUCCUCUUCGUCCUUUUCCUCCUUUCUUUCCUUUUAUCUCAUCCCUCCAUCUUCAUCUCCAACACUAGUACUAGUGCACUGCAAAACACCAUUUCCAUGGUUCCUCGUCCACCUUAUGCCUUGAUCUCCGGCAAUGUGAAUGUGAGCCAGCAGGAGAUGGAGUUCUGGCGCCAACCUGAUGGUCUUGGCUACAAACCUUGCUUACAAUUCAGUAUUGGUUACCGGAGAGCUUCGGCGAAGAUUGCGAAGGAGAGGAGGAGGUUCUUGCUUGUCAAGGUCUCUGGUGGAUUGAACCAGCAAAGGAACCAGAUUGUGGAUGCUGUUGUCUUUGCUAGAAUCCUUGGUGCUGCUCUUGUUCUCCCUCUUCUUAAGUUUAAUGUCAUUUGGCAGGAUAACAGUGAGUUCUCAGACAUCUUUGACGUGGAUCACUUCAUAAGAACAUUACAUUCAGACAUCCGAAUUGUUUCAAGAGUCCCACCAACUCACAAGAUUCCAAGACCAUCAUCCACCGUUCAUUCCUCCAUCCCUUCCAAUCUCUCCCCUCUUUGGAUUCGCUCCCGGUUUCUCAAACAACUAGAUGAGGAUGGGGUUCUAGUACUUGAAGGUUUGGAAUCCAAGCUCUCCAAAGAUCUCCCACUGGAUCUUCAGAAGCUUCGCUGCAAGGUGGCAUUCCAUGCGCUGAAGUUCAGCAGGCAAAUCCUUGAGCUAGGUAAAAAGCUAGCAGAGAGAGCUGGGAAUGGAGGACCAUACAUAGCUCUUCAUCUCCGGUUAGAAGAAGACGUCUGGAUCCGCACCGGCUGCUCACCAGGCCUCGGCCAACCCUACGAUGAUCUCGUUGCUCAACACCGCACCGCCCGCCCUGAUCUCCUCACCGGGAAACUUAACAUGACUCAUCAUCACCGGAAACUCGCCGGCCUUUGCCCUCUCAACACCAAAACACUCACAAUGGUUUUGAGAGCACUGGGAGCACAGAGGGAUGCAAGGGUGUAUUGGGCUGGAGGGAAGCCAUUGGGUGGUGAACUUGCAUUGAAGGCAUUGAAAGAUGAGUUCCCAAAGUUGAUGAGUAAGUAUACAUUGGCAGUUGAUGGGGAGCUGGAGAUUUAUGAGAACAGGUCAUCAGUUCUGGCUGCAUUGGACUACAUUGUGGCUCUAAAUAGUGAUGUGUUUGUCCCUUCACAUGGGGGCACUAUGGGGCUUGCCAUGCAGGGACACAGAGCAUAUGUGGGACAUCGGAAGUCGGUGAGGCCAAACAAGAGGGGAUUCGCGGCGAUGGAGAUGGAGGAGGCUGGGUUUGGAGAAAUGGUGAGAAGGAUGCAUAAAGGGUUGAUGGGUGAGCCUGAGCUGAGGACUCAGAAGACCGGGCGCGAUGUGAUUGCGUUCCCGGUGCCGGAGUGCAUGUGCCGUUGAGCUGACUGACAACGGAGUUCACCUGCAUGCACCUUGUCAGUCAUCUAUAGUUUUGCUUCUCUGUAGUUUUAGUACUUGGCGGUUAAGAAAGCAUUGUUUGAAAUUGUCUAUGUUAGUGAAGCUUAAACCAUUGGUUCAUUCUAUGAUUUUGAACAAUUUUUGAUCAAUAUCUUGUCAACAUUUUUUAUGUUUUUUUU